AAGGUACACUUUUCUAAAGACAGUCUAAGACAGCAAGCAUUUGACAACUUUGCCUUGAUGUCAAACAUAUUUACUUAUGGUGGAUUUCAGCGGGGAUGAACAAUUAUCAGUGCAUCUUCUGCUUUACCCUCUUGGGACUGACUUUGGGUGCACACAUAUCUACAAUGAAGGGAUGGACUGUAUUGUUUCCUCUCCCUGAAUGUCCACCGGGGACGUCCAUUAAUUCAGUCGAAUGGAAAUACCACACAAUCAACGGAACAAUCUUGCUGGCCAAGAUUAAUCUAAAUGAGGAACAGAAAUCAAAAAUUUUCAGCAAGAGGACUGGAAUUCAAAUAAUGGAAAAUGGUACACUUCACAUUGAAGAUGUAAAAGACGAAGACUCUGGGAAUUACUCUUGCACCAUCAUUUCCCAUGAUCAAAGGAUGCACAUUGAACGGAUUUAUCUUCAAGUACUUGAUGUUGAAAACUUGACGACUGAACCGAACAGCAUUAAGUACGCCACAACAUUUAAACCAUCAGAGCCCAGUGUUAUUGAAACAACACUGAUCACAAUACCUGUAUGCUCAGCACUUGGAAUCAUUUUAAUUGUGGCCACAGUCCUCAUCUUCAAAUGUAGAAAAAAGUGUCGCCACACUUCAGAUGAACCCAUCUACGUCAACAAGGUGGUCACAAUUCAAGGAAAUAAAAGGUCACAGGUGGGCAGAAGGAUGCCAGAUAAUAAAAACAGAUAAAGACCCCCUAAUUAGCAAGCUGCAGCAAAACCUUUGUUUUCCUAAAAGACAAAUGUAUAGAGUGCUGCAGUGUUUAUGGCAUGUUUUGUUGGCCAACCUAGAAGUUCACAUCACCCCGGUUCCCUCGACUAAACACCAAUAGGAUAUUUUCACUGGCUUUUGGAUUAUUGCUGAAAAUGAGAUCUGUGAUUUUUAACGACUUGGUUGUCAAGAUAGUUUUCACAAAAGAACACAACUCAACCUGAAUACAAUCAGUAGAAGUUACGAUCUGCCUAAACAUAGGAUAUAAAUAAACCACACCACGGUCACAUGACUUUAGCGUCACCACCAUUAAGCUGAAAACUUUGUUUAAGUUUUUUAUUUACACAGCAUUUUCUUUGAAAUUUUGAGUUGGAAUACUUUGCAAGAGUGUGAUUAUAAACAACAAGGCUGUAAAAGUUGACUAGUGAGUAGAUGAGUUUUCCUGUUCAGCAUGAUGGUGUUGAAUGUCCCUCUGAACAACCUCUGUAGUCCCAUUUAGGCAGUUGUUAUCAAUGGUCUUUUUUUAAGACAUUUAAAAGCUUUAGGGCUGUCAAACGAUUAAUCACGAUUAAACGCAUAUAAAAUAAAACUUUAAGUUUGCCUAAUAUAUGUGCGUACUAUGUGUAAUUAUUAUGUAUAUAUAAAUACAAACACAUUCAUGUAUAUAUUUAAGAAAUAUUU